GUUACAUCUUCCACACUCAAAAUGGCCUUCCGGGCACGCGUCAACCCCGCUACGCUGCGGCGCCGUGUCCGCGCGCCAACACUUCCGCGUGCGCCGGCACGCGCCCUGCUCGCCCCGCCGACACAGGCAGCAGCGGGGCCGGGUCCGGCAACUCUCCUGGCCCGCGGGCUGUACACCUCGGCGCCGCGCGCGAGCCUCCGCUCCUUCCUGGGCUUCAAGGAGCCGACGCCCGCCGACCACCUCCUCGAAGCUGCUGCGAGCCGUGCGGGCGACGUGCCCACAAAAUGGCGGGAUUACGCGUUCACGCUCUCCGUGCCGACCUCGCGCCGCCUCACUGCCGACGAGAGCCUAACAGUCCUGCGAGCGUGUAUGGAGCUGCGCGGCCCCCGCGUCCCCCCGCCACUGCUGUACGGCGUUGCGUCGCAGUGCUAUGAGGGCAUCCCGGUGGACGAGCGGACACCCGAGCACCACGCGGCCAUGGUGCGCCUCCUCACCACCAUCGCGUUCCGGGACGCGCGGGAGCUCGCGAUCACCAUUGCUGGGCAGCACCCCGGCGCCAUGGGGCGGGAAGAGUGGGACGCGCUCCUCCGCUCCCAGAAGGACGUGGAGCGCGUGCUCGCCAUCGCGCCGAUCGACGACCACACAUUCUCCGUCCUCCUCGAGCGCGUCAACACCCGCGGCCGCAUCGCCGAGAUCAAGGCCCUCAUGGCGGCGCGCGGCGUGCACCCCGGACCGUGGACGGAGGUUGGGCUCGCACAGGCGUACGUCGCCGCCGGCCUCGAUUGGCAGGCGGAGACAAUUGUCGAGUCUUGGCCGGAAGAAGCGGACGCCGAUCCAGAGCUGGCGCGGGCACGCUGGCGCGUGCAUCUCGACCGCGCUGUCAAGCGCGGAGAUGGGGCGGCAGUGCGCAAGCUGGUUUCCGGCGAGCACGCACUCGGCGAGGUUCCUGCCGAGGCUCUUGCUUUCAUCGUUCUUGACGAACUACCCAUCGCGCCGACCGUCGGCGACAUACUCGGGGGCAUCAGCCGCACAGCUGACCAGGUUGGGUCACUUCUCUCGCCCGAGACGUGGGACCAGGUCUUCCUUGCCCUUCUUGAGCGCGGUACCGAUCUCGAAACUGUGUGGAGCGCCAAUAACCAGCGAUACAGCGCGCCUGGCGAAGCGCUUGCCGCCGAGCUGAUCGCGCGGCUGACGGCGAUGGAGUCUCCUCUCUUCCACGAAGCGCUGCAGGUGUACACGGACGCGACGACGAACGAGGACGCGCCCGCCAUGCGCCCGAAGGUGUACGUCGGUCUGCUGGAUGCAGCGCUAGCGGUCGAGCCCACGGACGAGGUCCGCGAGGCGGUCCUCUCGCACAUCUUGGUCGACAUGGCCGUGGCGCGGCGGCGGUUCCCGGCCGGCUAUGCGACAAGGCUGGUUGUGGACAUGUGGAAGCGCUUCGCGAUCGACCACCCCGACGCGUGCGCAAUGUACGACGCCGUGCUGUCGGCUUCGCAGCCGCUGGACGCAAAGCAGUGGGAGCACGUGCUGUUACAGUUCAUCCAGCUGUCCUUCCCCGGCUCGACGGUGCCGACACCUGAGCUCCUCAUCCGCAUGCUGGGCGACAUGCGUGCCGCAGGCUACUCUCCCAGCUCGCGAAUCCUCACCAAGCUCCUGUGGGCAUACGCGGACAUGGCUAAGACUGUGUCGAAGUACGAGGCGCGGAGCGCCGCCGCUGUCCACUCCGAGCUGCUCAACGCCACGCGCAACGUGCAAGCGCUGCUCAACCUCGACGCGGCGCUGGACAUUGACCUGCGCCUGCUCACGUCGCUCAUGUCGGCGCUGCAGUGCUGCGGGGCGGUCGACGACGCGCUGGCGGUAUGGGCCGAGAUCGUGCGCCUCCACAAAACGUACCCGCCCGAACAGAUGGGCGCGGCCGUGUCCGUCAUGCUCGACAUGUGCGGGCACGCAGGCAUGGUCGAGCGCGGGAUCAAGGUGUGGGCGUGGGCGAGCCGGCGCGGCUUCAUCGUCGGCGAGAAGGACUGGGAGGCUUACAUCGAGAUGCUGGCGCGCAACGGGCGGCUGCACGAGGCCGUGGACGCAGUGGCGGAGAUGAAGGCCGAGUUGGCGCCGAGCUACGAGGUCAUUCUGACGCCGCUGCGGUUCGCGCGGGGGACGCCGCACCUCAAGGCCGUGAGGCGGCGCUUGGCGGACCUCUUCCCGGAAUGGGAGGAGCGGCUGUUCGCCGCGACGAGCAAGGGCACCAAGUAGAUUCAUAGGGCAUACCGUGCACGAGUCAUGCAUGCUGUAUUGCGGUCCGGAUGAACAGGAUCAUCUUGGG